CCGACAUCUUCUGCCGAUGAGACUGACCUGGGUAACCACGAUGGCUACUAUCACUACACAUGUUAAUUCACCGCGAGUACUGGCUACUACGUCCAUCACUUCCAAGUUCCGGCCUGCUGUCGUGAUGCGACGUAUCGACAACUGCGCUCGUCCAUUCCUUCGAUCCUGUACGGCGCGCUAGCCGGUCAAUGUGUGUUCCGGAGGAAAGCGCCUCUGGCUGGGCUCAUGUCAUCUGGCUGACAAGAACAUCUCACUGUGGCCACACGGGCCAUACGCGCAUGCUGCCUCUGUUCUGUCGACUACGCCUCGUACGGUCAAACGGUAUUGUAUCUUGCAAAACAUUUGCAAUCCAUGAAUCUCCUUCCGCUCCCACUGAAGGAUGCAUCCUCAAGCUCGUCGAGACUGUUGGAAGUAGCCGACCGACGGCACUUUCGGUAGAACGCGCUCAACGUGUCGGGAGGGACGAGCGCCAAGCGACGGCUGAAACGCGUCGCAGGCGGUACCUGGAAACGGAGCGGGCGAGUACGGAAGGGUGGAAAAGACAUAUAAGUACGCACCUGUAGUACCAUAGGCCCCAGUCGUUUGUGGCCUCACCAGCCUCUCACUCCCUUGCACCCAUGAGACGGGAAGGUGCCGGCUGGCUAACACCCUUGCUGCACCAGAGAGAUGACUAUACAGCAGA